AGCAGUAAUCAUAUGUUACAGUGGCAACUGGGCUCAACUUAUAAGACACCCCAGAGGUCUCAGUCAAUAUUGCGGUUGCAUAGGACUAUCAACUCAACCCCAUCGAGAACAAACCGUCACAAUGCGUGUCUCGCCUCUUGCUCUGGCUGCUUCCCUCUCGCUGAGUGGUGUGAAUGCCGCUCUCAGCAUUGUUCCUGGGGCAACAUGGACUGCCACAAACACCGGUGAACACGUACAAGCCCACGGGGCCGGCAUCAUCGAGGAAAAUGGCGUCUACUACAUGAUCGGCGAGGAAAAGACCGACGGCGCCCUGUUCCAGGCGGUCAACUGCUACUCCUCGACCAACCUCAUCGAAUGGAGCUUCGAGGGCCGCCUCCUGAGCCGCACCGAGGAGGCCGGCGACCUCGGUCCGAACCGCAUCAUCGAGCGGCCCAAGGUCACCAAGAACGACGCGACCGGCAAAUACGUCCUCCACCUGCACGUCGACUCCCAGGACUACAAGGACGCGCGCGUCGGCGUCGCAACGGGCGACACCGUCUGCGGCGAGUACGAGUACAUCCGGAGUUUCCGCCCCUUUGACUACCAGAGCCGCGACAUUGGCAUCUUCAAGGAUGACGAUGGAACGGGAUACCUCUUGACCGAAGACCGCGAGUACGGAACCCGAAUCAUCAAACUCACAGACGACUAUCUCGAUGUUGCCGAGGUGACCUUUGGAUGGGAAUACUUCGCCGAGUCGCCGGCGCUGGUGAAGCGUAACGGCACUUACUUCAUCUUUGGCUCUCACCUCACAGGCUGGAACCCCAACGACAACGUCUACAGCUACGCCACGUCUCUCUCGGGCCCUUGGUCCGAAUGGACCGAGUUCGCGCCCGUCGGCUCCAAGACCUACAGCAGCCAGGUCAGCUUCGUCCUGCCGCUGGGCACCGACAAGGCCAUCUACAUGGGCGACAGGUGGCACUCGACGAACCUCGCCGCCAGCACCUACGUCUGGCUCCCGCUGCAGAUCGAGGGCACGUCGGUGACGCUCGACUGGCACGACGCGUGGAACGUCGAUGUCGCGGCCGGCACCUGGUCCGAGUCCACCGUCACGACCGAGAUCGAGGGCGAGACCGCGGCGCUGGCCAACGGCGCCCGCGUUGUCGACUGCUCCCAGUGCAGCGGGUCCUCGGCGGCCGGGUAUCUCGGCGGGGACAUCGACGGCACCGCGACGUUCGACUUCAGCGUGGCCGGGGCCGACCGCGUCACGCUCAUCGUCAACCACAAGAACGGCGACAAGCCCUCGCGGUACGCGGCGGUCUCGGUCAACGGCAAGGAGCAGGCGGUGGCUUUCCUGUCCACGUCGCAUCUCUCUACCACUGGGAGCAGUGCCGUCCAUGUCGAUCUCGUCGAGGGGGAGAACACAGUCACGUUCUCGAGGUCGGAGGGCUGGGGGCCUGAUGUCGACCAGCUUGUCGUUCCUCAGUAGUUGCCGAGUUCAGCCUCAGACGCGAACUGAUAGCUAUUGUAAAAUUCAAUCAAUAAUCUCUCCGUUGAAGGUCAUCUCUUCGAACACUUUGCACCAGACUUGGAAUUGCUGCUAUCUUGCUGGAGUUGAUCGCCGAGUCAAACAGCAUCAUGUCUUUUUCCCUUGCAAUAUGAACAAGUCAAAGACCGAUUCCAUAUCGCAAUUGCUAUUGGGUGACGCCGAGGAAAAUGACGGCCUCAAUGGCUAUUUCGCAGCGUCGCACAGACGAGGUUUGCGUGUGUUAUCGAAGCGGUCGUGCCGAGUUUAAAACAGCCAUUCAGUUGAUGCGUAUCACAAUGGUGGCUCACAUAUAUCUAGAUGACAUUAACUUUACCCAGUAUUCUCUAGAGAUGCACUCACAAAAGCGAAUGAAGAACACAUUGUUUAUGACUCCCAAGCAUCGUGUCACGAGCCCUAUGGGAUAUCACCGGUUACCAAGGAGUUGAAGGAUUUGAAGCCAGGACUGGAUCAUGCCGGCAAACGGACGGACUUAUCGAAUCUCCUUGGAGCCGUAGCGUAGGGCUCGAGGGCACCAGUGGCCUCCUGAAACUACGCCAUAGGGGCCCUAAGGUCUAUUUUACGGCCUCCUUUCUCCCUGGCAACAAGAGAGGGAGGGCCAGAGAUGAUUAUUGUCA